CACAACGCAAAGAAUCUAUAAAUUAAUAUCUCUUCGUUUUUGCUCAGAAACCCUAACUUUUCUGGUAUACUUCCCUGAUAUACAAUUAAAUGGGAAAUUACAUCUCGUGCACUUUCGUGUUCGUUCCAGUUUUGAUGACGAAGAACACCCAAAAGGCUGCGAGAGUCAUCUUCCCCACAGGUGAAGUUAAGCUGUACAGAGAACCUGUGAGUGUAGCAGAGCUCAUGCUCGAAUGUCCCAACCAUUUCCUGGCCAAUUCUCGUUCUCUUCGUAUAGCUCAUAGGUUUUCUCCUCUCGCUGCCGAUGAUGACUUGGAGCUUGGCAACCUCUAUGUCUUGUUCCACAUGAGAAGAGCCAACACGGUCGUUACUGCCGCUGACAUGGCGGUGAUCUUCGUGGCUGAAGGCCUGGCUGUUAAGCGGUUGACCUGUGGCCGUGCGGUGAGGGCCCGGACGACCCUGCCGGCGGCAGAGAGUUGUGGUGGAGAUCAGUUGGCGCAGCAAGAAGUGGCGGUGGAGAAGACAAUUCCAAGGCUGAGCUUCGACGGAGUAGUUGACCUAGGGUUUCAGUAUCGGGUAAAUCGUUGCCGGUCAAGGAAGCCCAUGUUGGAGACUAUAAAGGAAGAACCAAUUUAUUAUUGA